AUGACGUCCGUCAUGAACAACCCUACCCGUCACCCGGCCAUGGCUUGGCAGAAGAGUGUCUGGAGGAGAAACCCCGGCACUGCUGGGGCAGAGGCUCUCCAAGCGCUCGCCAUCAACGUGCACCAUGUUCGCAAUGAAGCGGCAGGACCCCAACUCAAGGGAAGAAGGAAUGGUUUUCUCACUGAGGACGUCAGACGUGCAAUCCGGGUGGCAGCGCAGAAGCACUGCUUUGUUUGCGACGAGAUGGGUGCUGCCAUCACCUGCCAGGAGAAGAGGUGCAACCGCAACUUCCAUCGCCCCUGCGCCUCAGAGGGUGAAUGUGUCACCCAGUUCUUUGGGCUGUACAGAUCCUUCUGCUGGGAGCACCGCCCAGAGCAGGCAGUGGAGGCCAGUCCAGAGCAGAACAGCACCUGCAUCAUCUGCCUGGACCCUGUGGAAGACAAAAAGUCUUACCGCACCAUGCUGUGCCCAGCAUGCUGACACGCCUGGUUCCACCGGAGCUGCGUCCAGAAACAGGCUAUGCACGUUGGCAUCCGCUUCCGCUGCUUGCAUUGCCAAAAUGACAAUCAGUUUGUGAUGGAAAUGCUCACCAUGGGGAUUCGAAUCUCCAACAGGUCCACACAACCGUCGUGGGAGAGAGACCAAGAAUUUGGACUGCUAUAUCAGAGGCACAGCCACUGCAAUGCCAGCACGUGUCUUUGUCCGGGAGGCAGGGAGCAGGCAGAGGAAGAGGGGCCCUGGCAACUGCUCCUGUGCAGCUCCUGUGCUGCCGAAGGCACCCACCGACUCUGCUCCUAUGUGGGGAACGGUACAACCAUCUGGGAGUAUGACGGCUGUGCUGGCCUGGGCACUG